GUUAUGCCAUUGGAGAAUGCAACGAACCAUUUAAGAACAGUUUGUUUUUUUAAACCUUUUUGGAACAUUUUUGGAAACAUUGGGUAGCGUUUGGAAGUAGACGCGACCCGUCAAAAUUCAAAAUUUCGCUGUGUUGCCUGCAUUGAAGGACCCGCCAAUAUGAUGUCCAAAUUGGGUGCUAUCCUGGCCCGAAGGAUAGUUCGACCCAGCGACAAACGCCAUCUACUUAACCGGUCCCUUCUGUUUGCCCAGAAGCUGAGCAGGGUCAAAGUUCGCGGAGAGCACUGCUGCGGGGGAAUGAAGGUGGUGCCCUCCCGCGAAGAGCACCUGAACGCCCUGAAGGGUGAGGAGUUCGAUGUGCUGGUCAUCGGCGGAGGUGCAGUGGGUUGUGGUUGCGCCGUGGACGCGGCCUGUCGGGGUCUCAAAACCGCCCUCAUCGAGGCAGAUGAUUUUGCUAGUGGAUCCAGUUCGCGAUCUAGUAAACUAAUUGACGGCAGUGGAUCCUACCUGGGCACCGCCCUCCGGGAAAAGGACAUCGAGCAGCUGUACAUCAUGCUUCAGAUGAUGAGCGAGCGAGUGACCAUGCUGAAGAACGCUCCGCACCUGAACCGCAUCCAGCCGAUGAUCAUACCCAUAUACAGUGUGCUGCAGAUGCCCUGCACCUGGCUGGGAUUAAAGGUCUACGACUUUAUAUCUGCAGCUUCGAAUGUGCGUGGAUCGCACUUGCUCUCAAAGGAGGCCACUCUCUAUGAGUUUCCGCUUCUGAAGACCAAGGGCCUCCGCGGUGGAGUAGUCUACUACGAUGGCCAGGUGGACGAUGCCCGGAUGUGCAUCGCCUUGGUAAUGACCGCCGUCGCCCUGGGCGCCAAUGUGGGUAACCACAUGGAGGUGGUGGAGCUCAUGCCCCUGGAGGGUUGCUGCCGAGUGGUGGGCGUCAGGGACAAGAUCUCCGGCGAGCAGUUCUACAUCCAGGCCAAGUCGGUGAUCAAUGCCACGGGCACCAGCACGGAUGCCAUCCGGCAGAUGGACAAGGAGGGUACUGCUCCCAUCCUGGUGCCCACUGUGGGAACCCAUGUCUCGCUGCCCCGGUAUUUUGGCUCAGGGCACUACGGCCUGCUGAGUCCGGCGCACAAAAAAGAUGAUCUCACCAUCUUUAUGGUGCCGUUCGAGAAUCACACGGUUCUGGGCAUUCGCGAGACGGAGCUGGACGAAGUGCCCGGCCGUGGGAGUCCCACUCCCGAUCCAGAUGACGUGGACUGCCUCCUGGAAGCGGCCAAGGCCAAGAUGGAACCCUGCGUGGAGCUGGGACGCUGCCACGUCCUAAGCGCCUGGACGGGAGUAAAGCCCAAUGUGAGCUGUCCCACCGGCAAGUCGGAGGAGGAAGAGGAAAAGCGGGGCUCCCCGAUCAGCAGCUAUGUGAUUGAGGUCAGUGGCGAUGGACUCAUCACUUUGGCUGGUGGACGUUGGAGUAGCUAUCGGGUGAUGGCCGCCGAUGCCGUCGAUGUGGCGAUCAAGUCUUGUGGACUGUGCGACGACCAUGUGACCUCCAGUUGGACGCAGGACCUCAAGCUGGACGGCGCCGAAUCCUGGUGCUGCAUGCUGCCGCUGGAGUUUGUGCAAGACUACGAUGUGCCCAUGGAUGUGGCGCAGCACAUAUCCGAUUCCUAUGGCUGGAAUGGACAUGCCCUGUUCUCGGAUGCUCCUGAUCUGAGGAAACGCCUGCAUCCCAACUUCCCGUACAUCGAGGCAGAGGUCCAGUAUGCGGUGCGGAAUGAGUACGCCUGCACUUUGGUGGAUAUAAUCGCAAGGCGCCUCCGCAUCGCCUUUGUGGACGCGGCUGCCUCGCUGCACAUGCUACCCAAGAUCCUCAAGAUCAUGGCCGAAGAGAAGGGUUGGGAGGAGGAUCAGCAGCAGAAGCAGAUGCUGGCAGCCCAGGAGUUCCUGGUGCGCCAAAUGGGACUCGGUACGAUUGUCCGACCCAGGGGCACGAGCAAGAGUCAGCCCAAGAAGAAGGCCUCCUCGGAGGGAUGUUGCUGCCGAGCAGCUGCUCGCAAGGAGGCCAGGAGCUACUCCAGAGCUCACCCACAGGUGGUAGUUGCCAGCAAGGAUGAAAGCCUCGAACCUUUACCCAUUCAGAGAUACAAAAAAUAUUACUUCCAACCCUUGGCCACACAUAGAUCCAGCAAGAACAACAUGCAACCCUUGGCCACCCAAAGAUCCAGCAAAAAUGUCCGUAGAACUACAGAUUUCUUGCCAUUCACCUCGGGCAUUACCCACAAGGCUGUGAUGGACAAUGAUCAAUCUAGAUCCAUUGCCACUGGCGGCUGGUCGUUUGGCAAGAGGGAACUUAUCAUCAACGCUUGGCGCAACAAGUUCAUGUGCUGACAUAUUUUUAGAUAUUGAAAAAGUUUGAUGAGCUCGGAUGAUUUUUAAAAAUUUUGGGUUUAACACAUUUCGUUCUGUGCGGGUCUUUCUUAGCCUUAAAAUAAAAUCGGCGCACUCCA